AUGACGGAACCGCGGCUCAGCACGGUCUUCGACUACUCGGACCUACGGCUACACCCCAAUGGAAGGCGCGUGUGGCAACAGGACGCGAACUUACGACCCAAAAUCGCCAAAGUCGCGGUACAGACUGGACGCUCGAACUGGAUCGCGCGAGAUGCGGGUGGCGUAAGCGAUGUGAAGAAGUUCAGACGGAUACCAAAGCCGAAGAACCCUUUCGCGGAGGUGAACGCGCAGGAGGAGGAACAGGGGGAGGUGUUUGAGGGGGUCGAAGAGGAGGAUGAGGAAGUGGAAGUGGAGCAGGAGGCUACGGAAGAGAACGAAGAGCAAGGAGAACAAGACACGGGUGUUGGCCAGAAACGAAAACGGAAGAGAAUCGACCAACAGAAAGGCAAACGCCAGAGAUUCAUGGCGUACGACACGUAUUUGGCCAGUGAAGAUUACUUUCCUACACCUGCGCCUCCGCCCGCCGAGUCAGAUGCCGUUGCACGUCCAUCUACUACUCCAAACUUCGUCCUGCCUGAGCCAUCUGGGGAUCUUCUAAAGUGUAUACAUCGCUACGCCUCAGAAUAUUACACAGAACGCGGCCAGCUGCUGAAUAGCUCGCGAUCGUACCGUAUAGAGCAGCGAGCGAAGCAGCAUCAACGUCAUCAGCAACAACGGGAGGAAGGUAGGACGCCAUCGCCAUCGCCCUCUGAGAGCUCUAGCUCCAGCGGCUCUGAGUUGGAUAGUGAGUCGGGUAGCGACUCGGAUGAAGAUUACGAAGAGGGGGAAGGAGCCGAAAGCAACACAAAAAAAGGUAAGGGGAAGGGGAAAGGCAAAGGGAAGGCAAAGGCGAAAGGAAAGGGAAAACGGAAGAGGAAAACGAAGCGCAGAGGACAGAGCAAGCUCUAUGUCGAUAUGUACAAGGUGUUCGAUGGCUCUGCUCUUCUUGCACUGGGCAUGCUUGUUCAAGAGCAUAUAGCUGAGCUCCUUGCGUCUCAAUCACUCGCGAACUGGGAAGAAGAGUUUCGAAACGCCUACGGCGAGGACGGGGAUGAAGAUUCUCUGGAAGAAGAGGUGGAAGACUCAGGACCUGAAGAUGUUGAUCGUGAUAACGAUGAAAACGCCGCCGGACGCGACACGGACCAGCGUGUCGAAGGAAAGAAGACGGCGCAGGAAGACCCGGAAAAACAAGAACAGGAUGGAGAAGACGACGAAGACGAUAAACAUGAAGACAUGAAACUCGAACUCGAAGAAGACACGAGCGAAGACGAGGACGAUCUUGCAACCACAGUUCCUUCAAGUCACGAUCAAGCUAGAAUCACCGCCACUGCUGACCGCCUCCAUGUUCAUCAGGACGAUCCUCUAGGACCUGCUCCUAUUUCCAAGCUGGCUGCCUCCGACGAUUCCCCUGCCGACAAGGGCGAGGACGGAUCUGAGGACGGCGAAGACAGCAGCGACCUCGACUCCAUGAUCGAAAACAGUGCAGACGGGGACGAUCUUUCUGAGCGCUCAACAGACACGGCGGACUCGGACGCGGAAGGCGAGUUCAGCUGA